UCGGGCCCACCUGUCAGUGGCCCAACUGCGCCCUGCAGUACGUCAGAGGAGCCUCGUCCGCCAUCAGCACGGCCGCCUCUGCCGCCGCCGACGAGAUGAGCCUCCUCAUGGGCGUGCGUAAGGAUAUCUGGUUCAUCAAAGACGAGCUAGCAACGAUGCAGGCUUUCCUGUUGGCUGCUGAAGGGAUGGAAGAGAAAGACAUACUACUGAAGGUGUGGGCAGAGCAAGUAAGGGACCUAUCAUACAAUAUUGAAGAUUGCCUUGGUGAAUUCAUGGUGCAUGUCGCAAGUCAAAGCUUGUCAAGGAAGUUGAUGAAGCUCAAAGAUCGCCAUCGAAUCGCGAUACAAAUUCGUGAUCUCAAAUCAAGGGUUGAAGAAGUGAGCAAUAGGAACACACGAUACAACCUGAUUGAGAAGAACAAAUUCGCUAGAGCCACUGAUGAGAAGGAUUCUUGCAUGGAAGAUAUUCGCAACCAAUCUGCCAACAACAUUGAUGAAGCUGAACUUGUGGGGUUCUCCAAGCCAAAACAAGAGUUGAUAAAUCUCAUAGAUGUUCAUGCCAUAGAUAGCCCUGCUCAAGUAGUGUGUGUUGUCGGCAUGGGUGGUUUGGGUAAGACUACUCUUACAAGGAAGGUUUAUGAAAAUAUGGAUAACUUUUCGUGUUGUGCUUGGAUCAUUGUCUCUCAGUCAUUUGUCAGGAUGGGGUUUCUCAAAGUUAUGAUCCAAGAACUUUUUCUUGAUGAUUUGUGGAACAUAGAUGAUUGGAAUUGGAUGGAAACUUUUGUUUUUCCUAGUAUCAACAACAAUGGUAGCCGGAUAAUGGUAACAACACGAGAUCUUGGCUUAGCUGAGAACUGCACUUUGGGACCUUCUAGCUCACUUAUCUACCGCCAUGAACCCCUAGAAACAAAUGAUGCCAUAAAUCUGCUACUAAGGAAGACUAGGAAAAAUGAGGAAGAAAUGAAAAAAGAUGGGGAUAUGAGGAAAAUAGUUACUAAGAUAGUCAAAAAGUCUGGACAGCUACCCCUAGCUAUACUCACAAUAGGAGGCAUGCUUGCCACUAGAGGGGUUGAUGAGUGGGAGAAUAUUUAUAAACAGCUCCCCUCAGAGCUAGAGAGAAAUGGGAGCCUUGAAGCAAUGAGGAGGAUGGUUACUCUGAGUUACAAUCACUUGCCUUCUCAUCUUAAGUCAUGUUUUCUAUAUUUAAGCAUAUUUCCUGAGGAUUUUGAAAUCAAAAGGAGGCGUAUGGUGGAAAGAUGGAUAGCCGAGGGGUUUAUUAUUGCCAGGAGUGGGGUGAGUGUUGAGGAUGUUGGGAAUAGUUACUUUAAUGACCUAAUCAACCGAAGCUUGAUUCAGCCAUCAAGAGUGAACAUUGAAGGAAUUAUCAAGAGUUGUCGAGUUCAUGAUAUUGUUCGGGAUGUCAUGAUCUCGAUUUCUAGAGAUGAAAAUUUUGCAUGGUCUACAUCAGAUAAAGUAAUGGGCAUAGGAAGGGAUAACUUCCGUCAUAUAGCACUGCAAGGCAGUUGGUGCCCAAAUAAAGGCCUGGAUUGGAACCAUGUCCGAUCAUUGACUGUGUUUGGCGAGAGACCCAUGAAGCCGGCACUUUCACUAUGUUCGCCCGACUUUAGGAUGCUCAGAGUCUCGGAUCUACAUGAUGCCCAGUUUGUAAUAGAACAAAAAGAUAUCAGCAGCAUAGGGUCGUUACGUCAUUUGAAAUAUGUCCAUGUUUUGUCUUCAUAUAAAGGUGAAAGUUAUAUUUACAAGCUCCCAAGAACCAUAGGGAACAUACAAGGCUUGCAAACUUUGGACAUGAGAAAAAGUGCUGUAGCAUCACUACCAACUGAGAUCACUAAACUACAAAGCCUUCGUAUCCUCCGUUGCAGCAAAGAGAGUACAGAUGCUGAUUUAUACUUACUUUACCCCAUGACCUGGUUCAUGUCCACAUUCUGUAUGCCUAUUCUAUUCACUCCUUUGGUUAGUUUAGAACGGCGUCGAGAGAUUAUGAUGUUCAUUCACAUGGCCUGGACUGGUCGACUGACCAACUCUCGGGGUAUGCAAGUGCCCAAAGGAAUCAGCAACCUAAAGGAGUUAGAGAUACUAGAGGUCGUGGAUAUUGAGCGGACAAGUAGGAAAGCAGUUAAAGAGCUCGGGGAGCUUAUAAAGCUAAGAAAGUUAAGUGCCACAGUAUGGGCAAGCAAGCAAAAGAGCAAGAUAUUCUGCACAUCCCUUGAGAAGCUCACUUCCCUCACAUCUCUUUGUCUUUGUGCGGACGGUAUUUAUCAGGGAAAUAGUGUAUCACUCAAGUGGUUGUUGCAGUCUAUUUCCUCCCCUCCCCCUCUCCUGAGGAAGCUGAAUUUGCAAGGAGAUCUCGGGGAGAUGCCUGAGUGGUUUGGGGGUCUGGUACAUUUGGUGAAGAUUGAGUUAUGGUAUAGCAAUCUGAAGGAUGGAGAUAAAAGCAUGAAACUACUAGGCACACUGCCCAAGCUGAUGCUCCUUCGUCUUUAUUUUGAUUCUUAUGUUGGGGAGAAACUGGUUUUCAGAGCAGAAACAUUCCCAAAUCUCAGGAGACUUGAUAUUUGGAGCCUGGAGCAACUGACAGAGUUGACAUUUGAGGUGGGCACCUCGCCCCUAUUGGAAAAGAUAGAAAUUCUCUGCUGCAGUUUGAAAUCAGGGAUUAAUGGUAUCAAUCACCUUCCAAGUCUCAAGGAGAUUUUACUUGGUUGGGAUGGUAAAGUGGCAAGGCUUGGUAUGCUGCAACGUGAAGUGGAUGGACACCCCAACCAUCCCGUUCUGCGACUGCUGUGGGACCGGAACCGCCACGACCUGGGUGACGUCGCCGAAGGUUCCACUACUGCAGUACAAGCGGAGGAGGAAGCGACGGAGCAGGAGGAAUCAUGUAUCCAUAACGACCCUGCAGCAGCAGGAGAAAGCUCCUCCUCACAGGUGGUGGCCGUGAGGACGGGAAGCGACAGCAUCCAAGAUUCUGAAGAUGAUUUUUGCUCCUGCAUUUCUGACGACGACGACAAUGCUUGAUUCUAUUGCUGCUCGUUUCUUUAUUCAGCUCGUCAUGGUGUAGAUUCUCUGCGUGCAUCACUCUACUCUUGUGGAAUCUCUCCAUCACCACUUGGUCUCUGUUAUAGAUGCCCCUUUCUCAUGCUAGUCUGGAAUAUGGUAUGAUCAACUCAUGAAUCAUGAAGAGACACAACCUGCAUUCUCUGAUCUGCCCACUGCAUACCAAUGCUGUAAGAUGGCACCUUAGGUUGGUCUGUUGUUUACUCUGCUCCCUAUAUACCUGCAUGUAGAAUAGUUAUCAAAUGGUGAUGUUUAUUAUCUACUCCCUCCGUCCGAAAAACCUUGUCCCUCAAAUGGAUGUAUCUAGCACCAAGUUAGUGUUAGAUAUAUCCAUUCGAGGGACAAACUUGGGACAAGCUCUUACAAUACAUUUCUAUUCUCUUCUGCUUUAUUGCCUUCCAUAACAGCAAAUAUGGUUUUCACUGAAGACGAGUUUCUAGUUGUAGUUGAUGAUC